CGUGUCCCCCUCCCGGGGGAAUUUCGGGUGGUUCGUUUUCAUGUCAUUAGUGUUUUUAGGUCACAGAGAAAAGUUCAAAGUGGUAAUUUUAGAUAUGUGGAGUCUGAGCUGGAGCCACGCAGAAGAGACAUAAUCAGAGGUUUCUGGGUCUCUCGAGAGGAGGACUCAGGCGAUUUAUUUUAUUGAAUUUUUUCCGGCUUUCUCAAGAGGAUCUGUUUUCAAAAAUUCUUGCCGGUUGUGGGGUUAAUCUAAGAUUUACCCAGACCGUCAUUUUGUAUAGAAAAAUGAAUUGUGUCCUUUGGUAGAACAUGACAUAGUCUCUGCCUGUAGCUGCAAAUUUAAAUGACUAAAGAAGACUGAAAAUCUGGCCUUUUAGGCUAAAACGUGAUCUCCACUUCAUUACGGGCUUAAUCAAAACGGUUAUUUGGAAUUUGGUGGAUGUUGAUUUUCCUAAUAAAAAAAAUCUUAGUUUUCAAACUAAAAGGGUGAGUUUAGGACUGUUUCUUUCAAAAUGCGUGAUUCCAGCCCCUGGCCCUCCCCCCCUUCCUGGCCUGGAGCAUUGCUUCCCCCCAAAAAAAAGUGUGUAAGGAGUGGGGGUGGGGUAAGGAGAAGGUUGUUCCUUGGGGUUGGAUCACAGGGUUGAGUAUACGAGGCAGCAGCAGCUGCUGGCUCUGGAGCUCUGGUUGCUACGUGAGAAGCUUGAGUAGUGCUGGCUGCUGUCUCCAGGGAAGGACAGCAGUGCAGCGUCCAUUAAUGCUGUUGGCUGCAGGGAGCUGCACUUAGGCGAUGGCUGCUUCAGGGCUAAAGAAACCUUGCUUUCCUGGGAAUAGUCGCUGCCGAGCUGGUUUACGUGUUGUUGGUAGGGGAAUGGGAAGUAGCAAUUCACAGUGUUCUACCCAUUUAUGGAUAUUAGCAUCUGGAAAACUGGAUCAUAAACACUUCUUUUUUGUUUAGUUUUGGUUUGAGGCAGAUUUUUUGUUUUUUAUCUGGGAAUUUAUGCUUAGGUGGCAUUGAAAGUUGCAUAAGAGUUUUAAUUUUUCAAUCUGUUUAAGACCAACGUAAUAAAAUUUUAAGGAUCUUCCUGAGAACCACAAUGUUGGGGAAAGUAGCAGUUCUUUCUUCUGCAGCUGACAUAUUUUCCUCCAUCUCUUUGAUCACUGAAUCAGUUUUUUGUUAGUGGUGUCUUUUUCCUUUCUUACCGUAGUGAAUAGAAAUUUUCCAGUUUACUAAAUUUGGAGUCUUAAAUUCUGAAAAAAGAACUGCCAUUUCAGAAUGAUUUCUAAAUAUAAGCCUCAGAAGUGUUUUGUUAGUUUCUGUAUUAGUAAUAGAUUUCUCCAGAGCAUUUCUCUGGCUUUUGACCUAUAAAAUUGAUUCAUUAUAUGUUUGGGAUAUAGUCUUCUGAGGUCAUAGGGAUGGAUGUAUAUUUGGCUGGCAUCCACUGGAAAUAUAGGACAGACCGGGAGAAAUAUUCAGAAAUCAAGUAAGUCCUGGUGUGGAGGAUACUCGAGCAGGCCGCCUCUGAGCCCCUUCUGUGGUCUCCCCUCCCCCAUGGCUCCUGCAUAUUUGGAAGAUCUCUGAUUAAGCAGAACAGUCUGUUGAGUGUGGAAGUACUUGCAGGAGAACCACCACCCAAAUAUACCACCAGUUACGUACAACACGUAGCAGAUGCCCAUGUGUUGUUUUCUUCCCCCCCCCCCCAGACUCUUGCAUCUUACAUAAUUUUUUCUUCAGAAUUUUGAUAUGUUCAGUUUUGUAAGUGUACAUAAAUCCCUCAAUCAUCUAUAUGUGUAGUGUGACUCUGGCGUUUGUGGCAGGGAACCAAAAAGGAAUGGAAAUGAGUUUUGUCAUUCAUAAGUGUGGCUUGCAUUGUCUCGGUGGCACGAGCAGACUAACGAAACAGCCAUUACUUUGUAAUAUUUUAGGUGGUUCUCAUUCUUAACUGGUUUCACACAUACAAGAGGCCAUGCCAGAUAAAAAUGUUUUUGCUCAUUCUGAUGGAGUUUAGAUAUAAUUAUCUUUUAGUGUAUUAUAUAACAUGAAAGUUACCUUAUAAGAUAAUUGCUUUUUCACUUGUGUUUCCUGUUUGGAACCCCUGAGUCUGAUGUAAUCAUUUGUUGAACGAUCAUAGAGGUCCUUUUUCUAGGAUUUAUUUCACCAGUAUGCUUGAAAAACGUAUCCUCUUAGGUUGUUUUGUGUCCAAGAACUUACCUGUCUAUUUCUGAACUAAUUCUGGCCUUUCUGGGGGAGAGUGACUAUGUCAUUUUUUGGUUUUGGAUGGAAAAAUCAUAAUUUAAAAAUGUACAUGUACAGGUAACUACUUUUACAUUAUCCUCUUCAUGUUGAAAUACUUUUGAAACUUUAGGCCAUAAUUAACAAGAGUGAAUGAUUACAGCAUAUACCUUCUCGGGAAAAAAUUAGAUAAUGAAUAGAAUAAAAUUUUCCUGUAAUUCCCAAGUCAAUUCUGGUGAUUUGGUGGUUUAAUUUGAAACUAAAAGGCCUAGCAAUAAAUUUCUUUCAUAAGUUGUUUCAGGUAUUGAAAGCUAAAAACUUAUACAUGGGGUAUUUUGUAUAAGACAAAACUCUGACUGCAAAAUAUGUGAGGUAAUGUAUAUUUAGUAAUAUAACUUGUGCUCCUCUGUGAUUUGAUUAAAAGCAUCCUUUCAGAGGCACUUGGGAAAUUUUCAAAAUAUGUGGUGAAAUGGCAUUUUUAACCUCACUUGAUGCAGUGGUGGAUUUCUCUUAUGAUAAAGACUUUGGGGAAGUUCAUGAAAGCAGAGAGAAUACUGUUGUUUUCUUCACUGACCAAUACCUAUUUUGUUAAAUGGUCAUCUUAGGAAAAUUGUCCUGCUGUAUAUCUUUAACUCUAAAUUGAGUUAAAGGUACCCAGUAAGUUUUGGGGCAUGAGGAGGGACUAUUAGGAAGCAUCGCUUCAGACAAUUCUCUUAUUCUGACAAAAUAUACUCACACUCUUUAUUCUUCAUGAAGGGAACGAUGAGAGAUAAUAAAGGAACAAAAAAGCUGAAUCUCAGCUUACUUUGGAAGCGCCCUCACUGAGCAAGGAAUUUGUAAUCCCAUCCUGCCUCAGUUUUUCCAACAUGCUGAUUUUGUUUCCCGAAUAACUGAGUAAGGUCUUCAGAGCUCCUGGAAGAUAACUUCUAGGACUUCAUAUUCAGAGGUCUACAAAAAGGAUUCCUCAUGUCCAUAACAUGUUGGUUGCGGCUCUGCAGCUCACCCCCACUCACAGAGUGGCCAGUCUCCAUUAAUUGGACCCCGUGAUUUCCACUCUGUUGUGUUGGACGUCAUGAGCAUUGCAAUCCCUCUGGGAGUCACCACACCAGAUACAUCCUACUCAGAUAUGGCUGCUGGAUCAGACCCUGAAUCUGUGGAGGCUAGUCCAGCAGUUAAUGAGAAGAGCGUGUAUUCCACUCAUAAUUAUGGGACCACUCAGAGGCAUGGGUGUCGAGGACUGCCUUAUGCUGAUCAUAAUUACGGAGCCCCUCCUCCUCCGACACCUCCUGCUUCUCCCCCUGUCCAGACGAUCAUCCCUCGUUCUGACCUGAAUGGCCUGCCGUCGCCCGUAGAGGAACGCUGUGGAGACAGCCCGAACUCUGAAGGAGAGACUGUUCCUACCUGGUGUCCUUGUGGUCUUUCUCAGGAUGGCUUCCUUCUCAACUGUGACAAGUGCAGGGGAAUGAGCAGGGGGAAGGUUAUUAGACUUCAUCGGCGGAAGCAGGACAACAUAUCAGGUGGGGAUAGCAGUGCAACAGAAAGCUGGGAUGAGGAGCUUUCUCCUUCCACUGUGUUGUAUACAGCAACACAGCACACACCUACAAGCAUCACCUUAACUGUUAGAAGAACCAAACCCAAGAAGCGGAAAAAGAGUCCAGAAAAGGGUCGUGCAACACCAAAGACGAAGAAAAUCAAGGCAUUUCGAGAGGGAUCCCGGAAGUCCUUGCGGAUGAAGAAUUCUCCUUCUGAAGCACAGAAUUUAGAUGAAAAUACAACUGAGGGAUGGGAAAAUCGGAUAAGACUAUGGACUGAUCAGUAUGAAGAAGCUUUCACUAACCAGUACAGUGCAGAUGUCCAGAACGCCCUUGAACAGCAUCUACACUCUAGCAAGGAAUUUGUGGGCAAACCUGCUGUUUUAGACACUAUUAAUAAGACUGAGUUGGCCUGUAAUAAUACAGUUAUUGGUUCCCAGAUGCAGCUGCAAUUGGGAAGAGUCACUCGCGUUCAGAAGCACCGGAAGAUCCUGAGGGCUGCGAGAGAUUUGGCCUUGGACACUCUUAUAAUAGAAUAUCGAGGGAAAGUCAUGUUACGACAGCAGUUUGAGGUCAAUGGGCAUUUCUUCAAAAAACCAUACCCCUUUGUGCUCUUCUACUCAAAAUUCAAUGGUGUGGAGAUGUGUGUGGAUGCACGUACUUUCGGUAAUGAUGCUCGGUUCAUCAGAAGAUCAUGUACACCAAAUGCAGAGGUGCGACACAUGAUUGCAGAUGGGAUGAUUCACCUGUGUAUCUAUGCUGUGUCUGCCAUCACUAAGGAUGCCGAGGUCACCAUAGCGUUUGAUUAUGAGUACAGUAACUGUAAUUACAAAGUGGACUGUGCGUGUCACAAGGGGAACCGGAAUUGCCCUAUACAAAAAAGGAAUCCCAAUGCUGCAGAACCACCUCUCCCUCCUCCUCCAAGUCUGCCCACCGUGGGAGCAGAGACCAGACGCAGAAAAGCACGACGGAAAGAGUUGGAGAUGGAACAGCAGAGUGAGGCUGCAGAAGAGGAUCACAGCCAGCAGCUGGAGCAAGUUCCUGAGAAAGUGACUGUAUCCAGUGACAAUGAGGAAAUAGACAAUCCAGAGGAAAAAGCGGAAGAAGAGAAGGAAGAGGUCACAGAUGACCAGGAGAACCCAGCCCAUGGCCGGAGGACUCGGGAAGACAGGAAGGUGGAAGCCAUCAUGCACGCUUUUGAAAAUUUAGAGAAAAGAAAGAAGCGACGGGAUCAGCCCUUGGAACAGAACAAUUCUGAAGUAGAGAUAACUUCCACCUCAGAGACUCCUGUGGGAGAGGAGACGAAAUCUGAGGCCCCUGGCCCUGAAGCUAGCAACCCUGUUUCAGCCAUUGCUGUCCCAAGUGCCCCCCAGAGUGUCGGAGUGAACACCCGGAGGUCUUCCCAGGCCGGGGAUGUCAGUGCAGAAAAACCUGUCCCAAAACCACCUUCAGCAAAGCCUUCUAGACCCCGACCGAAGAGUCGAAUCUCUCGGUACCGGACCAGUUCUGCCCAAAGACUCAAGCGUCAGAAGCAGGCCAGUGCACAGCAGGCAGAGUUAUCACAAGCUGCCUUGGAGGAGGGAGGAAACAACAGCUCAGUCACUCCUGUUGAAGCUGGAAAUAUAGACAGUUCAGGAGAAAACAGGCAGAUAACAGGGUCUGACCCCGCUGUCGUCUCAGUUACUGGAUCCCAUGUCAACCGUGCUGCAUCUAAAUACCCCAAAACCAAAAAGUAUCUAGUUACAGAAUGGUUGAAUGACAAAGCCGAGAAGCAAGAAUGCCCUGUCGAGUGCCCUUUACGUAUCACCACGGACCCAACUGUGCUGGCAACGACCCUGAACAUGUUGCCUGGUCUUAUCCAUUCCCCAUUAAUUUGCACCACCCCCAAACACUACAUCCGCUUCGGUUCACCCUUUAUCCCUGAGAGGCGUAGAAGGCCCCUUCUGCCUGAUGGCACAUUCAGCUCCUGUAAAAAGCGCUGGAUAAAGCAAGCCUUGGAAGAAGGUAUGACUCAAACAUCUUCCGUACCCCAAGAGACUAGAACUCAGCAACUAUACCAAAGCAAUGAGAAUAGCAGCUCUUCUAGUAUCUGCAAAGACAAUGCAGACUUACUGAGCCCGUUAAAGAAAUGGAAGUCUCGCUACCUGAUGGAGCAGAAUGUCGCCAAGCUACUGCGUCCUCUUUCUCCAGUCACACCACCCCCUCCGAAUCCAGACUCCAAGAGCCCCCAGCUGAGCACACCCGGCCCGUCUCACCCGGGUGAAGAGGAGUGUCGGAACGGAUACAGCCUCAUGUUCUCGCCAGUUGCGUCGCUUACUACUGCUAGUCGCUGCAAUACUCCGCUGCAGUUCGAGAACAUAUCCUCCCCUGAGAGUUCCCCUGCGAAUAGGCCCGAGUCCCUGUCACCCGAGCUUUGUCACCGGAAAGAUCUGGACUUGACGAAAGUCGGCUACCUUGACUCCAACACUAACAGCUGUGCUGACCGACCUUCCCUGAUCAGCUCGGGCCCUUCUGACCUGGCUCCUCACCCCUCCAUUGUGCCCACCUCUGAGACUGGCUUUCCAAGCAGGAGUGGAGAUGGACAUCAGAGCCUCAUGAGAAACUCGGACCAAGCGUUUCGGACAGAAUUCAACUUGAUGUAUGCCUACUCCCCAUUGAACGCUAUGCCUCGAGCGGACGGAUUGUAUAGAGGGUCUCCUCUCGUAGGUGAUAGGAAGCCUUUGCAUCUGGACGGGGGCUAUUGUUCCCCUGCAGAAGGGUUUCCCAGCAGAUAUGAACAUGGUUUCAUGAAAGACCUCUCUCGUGGAUCCAUGUCACCGGGCGGCGAAAGGGCUUGUGAAGGAGUUCCAUCUGCCCCCCAGAACCCACCACAGAGGAAAAAGGUGUCCCUGCUGGAGUACCGAAAACGGAAACAGGAGGCCAAGGAGAACUCCGCUGGUGGGGGCGGCGACCCUGCACAGAGCAGAAGCAAGUCUGCAGGAGCUGGGCAGGGCGGCAGCAACUCACUUUCUGACUCUGGUGCCCAUGGUGUGCAGGGAUCCUCAGCCCGAACCCCGUCUUCCCCUCACAAAAAAUUCUCCCCAUCCCAUUCCUCUAUGUCCCAUUUGGAGGCGGUAAGCCCAUCAGAUUCCAGAGGCACCUCAUCUCACUGCAGACCUCAAGAGAAUAUCAGCAGUAGGUGGAUGGUUCCCACGUCAGUAGAACGACUCCGAGAAGGAGGGAGCAUCCCCAAGGUCCUCCGAAGCAGUGUGAGAGUGGCCCAGAAAGGAGAGCCUUCUCCCACAUGGGAGAGUAACGUCGCGGAGAAAGACUCAGACCCUGCAGAUGGAGAAGGCCCAGAGACCCUGAGCUCAGCGCUCUCGAAAGGAGCAGCCGUUUACAGCCCCUCCAGAUACAGCUACCAGCUCCUGCAAUGUGAUAGUCCGAGGACAGAGUCACAGGGCCUCCUCCAGCAGAGCUCCUCCCCCUUCAGAGGCCCUCCCGCCCAGUCUCCAGGAUACAGUUACCGGACUGCUGCACUGAGGCCUGGGAACCCCCCCUCCCACAGUUCUUCAGAAUCCUCCCUCUCUUCUGCGUCCUAUUCCAGCCCUGCCCACCCUGUGUCCACAGACUCGUUGGCCCCAUUUACGGGGACCCCAGGGUAUUACAGCAGCCAGCCACAUUCUGGAAGCAACGCCGGCAGCAGCCUUCCGAGGAGGAGCUGCCCUUCUAGUGCUGCUAGCCCCACCCCGCAGGGCCCCUCAGACUCACCGACCUCAGACUCGGUUUCUCAGUCCAGCACAGGAGCUCUGAGCUCCGCCUCCUUUCCUCAGAACUCUCGGGCGUCGUUGCCGUCGGACUUACGGACUAUGAGUCUGCCCAGCGCUGGGCAGACAGCUGCCUACCAGGCCUCCAGGGUGUCCACGGUGUCCACUUCACAGCACUGCCCACACCGCGGGAGCGGGGGCGUGCACCAGUACCGACUCCAGCCGCUGCAGGGGCCCGGAGUCAAGACUCAGACAGGACUUUCCUAGGGCUUCUGGAUUUGGGCCAACAGAACUGAGUGAGCCCAUAGCUGCUUCCUUCCAGCUGCCUCUGGAACCUCGGCCGAGCAUCUUGCUGGGGAAGGGGGGCAGGGUGCCAGAGGAUGGGGUCUGGUCGACAAGAAACAAGACUUGUGGUCGCGACUGGCUCUGGCCUUGGAGAAAGAUGUAAAUCUUGUCUGAAGCAGAGACUAUAAAGAAGUUAAGGGUACAGUGACGAGAGAAUUGUUGCAGAUAGUUCAUGGUCCUAAGUGCAAUGAGUUGUGUCGACGCCUCCGUCUCCCAUCCUUGCCUGUAGCCUGUAGUCACACAUGCAGUGAGGACGUAUUUUUAAAU